ACAAAAAGACUGGUGGAGAUGAGAGAAACAAGAGUCUUGUAUUAAGCUCACGUUAAUUUCAUAACCAACGGCUUCGAUUUGCCUCUAUAUCCUCUCUCUCUCUCUCUCUCACUCUCUCUCUUUCUCUCCCUGUCUGAAACUUGUCUAGACAUGGGAAGAACAACGAGUUCAACACUACUCUUAACCUUCACGUUCCUCUUCUCUUUGUCAUCUCUCCCUAGCCCUUCACUUUCAGAUUCAACAGACGCAUUUGUCGUUGGAGGCUGUACUCAAGAAAAAUAUGUACAAGACUCGCCUUAUGAGUCCAACCUUAAUUCUCUCCUUACUUCUCUUGUCAACUCAGCCACUUACUCUUCUUACAACAACUAUACCAUCAUGGGCUCAAGCACACAAGAUGUUGUUUAUGGUCUUUACCAGUGCCGCGGUGACCUGUCAAUGCCGGAUUGUGCCACGUGUGUCUCUCGAGCAGUGAGUCAACUCGGUGUCCUAUGUGCUCAGACCUGUGGUGGAGCACUGCAGCUACAAGGAUGUUAUGUGAAGUAUGAUAACACGACGUUUUUGGGUGUGGAAGAUAAGACUGUGGUGUUGAAGAAAUGUGGACCUUCGGUUGGGUACGAUACGGAUGCUAUGAACCUUAGGGAUGCAGUGUUAGGGAGCUUGGCUGGGACAAGUGGGCUUUACCGGGUUGGUGGGUCGGGUAAUGUCCAGGGGGUGGCUCAAUGUGUCGGUGACCUGAGCGUCGAAGAAUGCCAGGAUUGUUUGUCGGAGGCGAUCGGACGGCUGAAAUCAGACUGCGGCACUGCGGAUUACGGUGAUAUGUUCUUGGCUAAGUGCUAUGCUAGGUACACCACCGGUGGGCCUCAUGCUUAUUCCAAGGCUCAUAGUGAUAAAUAUACCAAUGAUGGUGAGAAGACGUUUGCAAUUAUUAUUGGAAUAUUGGCUGGAGUGGCAUUGGUCAUCAUUUUUCUUGCUUUCCUGGGAAAGGUGUUUGGAGGAAAUGGAAAAUAAACUAUUGCAACUCAAAUCUCAGCCUGCUAAAGUGAUUUGCUUUUGGUGGUUCUUUUGCUUCCCUUUUCCUUUCUUCAUGAUGCCAACUUUCCUCUGUUUCUCUUUCUGUUCCCGCUUUAAGAUUUUCUCUAGUUUUACUCUCAAAAGGAAGGAUUAAUCAAGAAAUGGAAAUUAAGAAAGAAGGUGGUGGUGGUGGUGGUGGUGGUGGGUGGGUGGGGGCAUGCAUCUUAUAAAACAAAGUUAGGAAACAGAGUAAAAGGGUAGCUAAGAUUCCACUCUCCUCAGUCCUCUCCCACUUGAUAAAGUUGUAUUGUCCAAAUGUGAAAAAAUUGGCAUAUUCUUUUAGUAAGCUGCAAAGUAUGUUUCUUUUCUGA